GCAUCCAGCAGGUUCUGUCUCUCUGCAUCCCGUAGUCCUGCGCGCAGCUCGUCUCGCUCACUCGCUUGUUCUCCUCUCUCUCACUCACUCUCUCUCGCUCUCCCUCUCUCUCCCUCACUCUCCCUCUCACUCUCCCUCUCCUCUAACCCUCUCUCUUCACCGCUUGUGCUCUCAAAAGGUGUCCCAGUCCAUCCGGUUGAGCUCAGACCCGCUGCUUAAUCCUCUCGUGCGCUCGCUCUCUCUCGCUCUCGCUCUCUCCCUCUCUCCCUCACUCUCCCUCGUGCGCGUUUCCAUCUAUCCUACACACCCACACACACACACACACACACAUAGAAAGAAACAGCUUGUGCACGGACACAUACACACGCACGCACAUACACACACAUCUUACACACAAACGGAAGAGCAGAGCAGGCCUUUCAUCCAGCAGGUCCUAGGAACACCUCACACCAGCAAGUCCAGCAUGGAUGUCUUUAUGAAGGGUUUCUCCAUGGCCAAGGAAGGAGUGGUGGCCGCAGCGGAAAAGACCAAGGCAGGAGUGGAGGGGGCAGCCGCGAAAACCAAGGAGGGCGCCAUGUAUUUAGGUGAAAAGACAAAAGCGGGAGUAGAAGCCAGCGUAAAUAAAGUGGCCAACAGGACCACUGACCAGGCCGGCAUCGUCGGAGACCCCACACUGGCCGGUGCUAACGACCUCUCCCAGCAGGCAGGGCAGGAGAAUGUGGCCGCAGGCUCCAACCCAGAUGAGAUUGCUUAUGAGGCUGACUUUCAGGGAGGCAUGGAACAGGGAGGAGAUGGAGGAGAGGGUUACUAAGCUGCAGGUGGGCCCCCAACACGUCCUGCUCUACCCUUCACCACCACACAGAGCCUCGCUCCCGUUGGCCUCUGCCGCUCCUACACUCCAGAUGUUUCUUUAUGAUAUUUUUUGUGACUGUAUGGAUACCAAACUUCGAAAAAGACUCUCCCAGAACCCCCUUUCCCAUAAUGCCCCCCCCCCCCCCCCCCUCUACUGCUCGGUGUAGGUCUAUACUCAUGCCCCCACCCCCACCCCCACCCCCAACCUGCUUCUCCAGUGUUGUUGUUGUCAUGCUACCCUAGUGUUACUGUUACCUUCACUGCCCCACUAUGUGACUCAUUAACGAAAAACACACACUUUCAUCAGCACACACACACACACACACACAACACACACGCACACACGCACGCACGCACACAUACACACACACAUGGACAUGCACACGCAGGCACACACACGCACAAAUGCAUACACACAGUCUUCAGACAGGGGAGCAAAAAGGGAGUUUGAAGAAUACAUAAAGGGAUUAUUAGUUUAAGGCUAUUGAGGAUUAUGUGGGAUUGCAAGGGUUUGUGACUGGAUAUGACGGGCCAGAAACAGCUGUGAAAGUGAACUGUGCCAUGCACAGAUGGGGGAGAGGUGGCAUGGUCUGAGCCUUUUAAAAUGUGAAGUUGCUAGUGGUAUUAAAACGUGGGAAAGCAAUAUGUAUUUUCUUCCACUCCAUUUGGGCAUGUAGCAAUACACUGUAUUAUAUUUCUUUGCUAAAAUGGGGACAUCAAGUUAUAUAAUCUGCAGUUUUUGUCUUCACAAAAAGUGCAAUGUGUUCUGCAGUCCAGUGAGGUGUGUAUGAAAUUCACUCAGAAAUACAGUACAAUUCUCUGCCUUGUGUUCCAUGUAAGAGUUUGUGUCAAUGCUUGUGGAUUGCAGUAAUGUUGGUAGUGAUAUGGUUUGGCAGUGCAUAUUUAAAAAAAAAAAAAAAAAUUAUUUAAUAUGUCAGAUUAUUUUUGAAUGUAAGAACAGAUAUAACCUAGAAUACAAAGUAUGCAUUAAACUAUUUUUGUUCAUUUAACAAAGAUAGAUGUGCAUUUUCUUGGUUGGCUUGUCUUUGUAAAUCUGUGAUUACGUAAAGAGUUAUAUAUAUAUAUAUAUAUAUGUAUAGGAGUGUUCAUAGCUAGAGAGCCAUCCAUUUUAUGUUUCUAUCUGUUCUUGAUAAAGUCAUUCCAGCUGGUGAGAGAGGAGGUUGUAUAGUCACAAUGUAGAGUGCGAAAAGGACGAUGAAAAAGCGAGAGCUAAACACCUCACCUCAUUUUUAUGUCCUGAUUUAAUUGGAACGCAUGUUUGUGCAGUUGGUGUGCCACCUUUUCAGUGCCGCAGUGUAAAGCAAUAGAGCAGUCAUAAUAUCUGACUGCCUCUUUAGGUUUGUUCUUCAGUGAUUGUGUCGGUUUAUUAGCAAUGUUGUUGUAUCAAGCAAAUGCUGAAGAUGUUCAUGAGAUUUUUUAGCUAAUUACAGAGGACUAUCUGUCUCAAUUAUUUGAUCUGUCCCUCUUCCCCACACUCAGUUGGAAACCUAAAUUCCUGACACCGAUCUAUCUGUCAAAAAGUGUGUGCUACCCUCUGGCGAAUGCUUGUGUCUGCUUUAGAUAACUAUGACAGAUCUUUUUAACAUUGCAGUUGAGUUCUUUCUUUGAAGCCAUUGGAAAACUGAAGACUGCAUGUUGCCUUAUCAGCACUUAGAUAUCCACACACACACACUGUCACUCUUUCACACACAGACACACACACACACACACACACACACACACACACACACACACACACACUCACACACACACGCACAUGCACAUACUGGGAGGCACAUUCGCACACCUGAACAGACCUCAACCCCACCACAUACAUAAUUACACACACACUCACACACACACACACACACACACACACACACACACGAAACACACGGAACACAUGCAAACACACACACACACACACCCUACAUUUAAGUUGGCAUCAAAGCAGACAAGCUGAUUUUAUAAACAGUAAAGUGAAAUAAAGAGUUUUGUUGAAAUGUAAA